UGGAUGAUUACAGAUGUAUGCUGCUUAUUCAGAUAGAAUUUAUCUUUUAAAAGGCUGCAUAUAUGAGUUGUUUUUAGAUGUUUCCCUGCAUCAUUCCUUCCUUUUGUAUAGAUAUUGUGGUGUAAAACACUGACCAGUUAUCAGAGGGGUUAGUUCAGUGAUGGUUAGAGGUGAGACACUGGUGGAGCAGUAGAUGAUCACAGCUUGACUUUAUGUGCAUUUUUCUGUCAGUACCAGUGUUUUAUUGAAACCUACAAUAUGGACUCCUUACCACAGAACCUGCAAGAUCAGAUCUUAGAGCUGCUGAAGCCUCACAGAGUCUGUGUGGUUACUCCUGUUGUUCUGAACCACUCCAGUCCAGGCUCCAGUCAGAGAUCGGCCAACAGGCUUGUGGUACUGAGUCUAUGGAGAGGUUACCUGGUUAUAAACAAGCAACCUGUCAGGGUGGAGAGCACUUUCAGCUACCUGGAGAUAUGUUCCAUCAACAUUCAAAGUCUCACACAGAUUGUGUUGGAGACAGACAGGCAGACUCUGUCUUUCAGUGUGUUACAUGUUGAAGAUCUUGAGGCCAUGGUCAGUCACAUGACUGCUUCACUGAAGAGGAUCUUCCCUGAUUCGUCUCCAGGAAAGCUGUUAAAGACAAUUCCUCCAGAUCUCCAGCAAAGACUCCUCACACUGACUGGUGUAAUAGAAGAGCAGCUGAAUAGUCAGCCUGGCCCCUGUGGAGGAUUCUCUGAUACCUAUGCUGCUCUGUGUGAUUUCAAUGAGAUGACAUUUAGAGAGGAGAUUCAGUGGGAUGUUGACAACAUCUACUACAUCAACAAGUGUAGACAUUUCAACCUGCAGGACUUCAGCCACUUAGACAGCAGGGACUUGGCAUUAACAGUUGCAGCUCUGUCUUUCAACCAGUGGUUUACCAAGAUCUACUGCAAAGAACUCAAACUGUCAGUAGACAUCCAGCAGCAGCUGACCUUCCUGCUGUCCAGAUCUCCUAGUCUGGAGGAGCUCUCACUGGAGGCCAGUGGACUCAAACUAGACUUUGCAAUUAAAAUGGCAGCUGCCUUGCGGGAGCACACCUCCUCUACCCUGCAAUCCAUCAACCUCUCAGGAAAUCCAAUCGAAGACAAAGGUGUAAUAGCUCUCAGUCAGGAGUUGGGGAAUCUAGCUGAAGGACUCAAGCACCUUUCUCUGUCCCGGGUAUCAAUGACUGCUAGAGGUCUUGGCUGUCUGAGUCAGGUUUUAUCCUCCACUCAGAUGUUAUCAGCAUCUCUGACCCACCUCGAUUUGUCUGGUAACCCAGGCAGUCUGGUUACUGAAGAAGCCACGUUUCUCUUCAAGUUCUUGUCGAGUACUAACUCCUUAUCUCAUCUGGACCUCAGUGAUACCAACUGCCCUCUGGACACGUUAUUUGUGUCCCUGUCUGCUGGAUGUUGUUACAAACUGAUGCACCUGAACCUGGCCAGGAAUCCUUUCAGCCACAGAAAGGUGCGGGAGGUGACCAGGAGCAUCCAAGAGUUCUUCAGUCAGAGCUGUGAGCUAAAAUAUGUGGGCCUAUCUGCAACCAAACUACCUCCACAAGCCCUCAGGUUGUUACUACAGGGUCUGGCAACCAACACUCGUCUCUUUGGGCUAGAGUUGGACCUCAGUAGCUGUGAGCUCCGUUCAGCAGGGGCCCAGGUAAUACAGGAGCACAUCUCUGAAGCUACAGUUAUUAGAAGUCUGGAUAUUUCUGACAACGGUUUUGAGAAUGAUAUGGUGACUCUGGUUCUGUCCGUCGGUCGAUGCCGCUCUCUUCGACACCUCGCACUGGGGAGAAACUUUGCCUUGAAGUCAAGAGCUCUCACUGAUGUUCUUCAUCGUAUAGCUCAGCUCAUUCAGGACGAAGAGUGUCCCUUGCUUUCUCUAUCAGUGUGUGACUCCAAACUGAAGACAGGGAUGCACAUCCUGCUGAGUGCUCUGGGUGGCCACGCUGCUCUGGCUGAAGUAGACAUCAGUGGAAACAACAUUGGUGACACUGGGGCCAAAAUGCUGGCCAAAGCCCUGAUGAGUAACACCAGACUGAGGUCUCUAGCAUGGGACAGAAACAAUGUAACUGCCAGAGGUUUCCAGGAUGUGGCUGAUGCCUUGGAGAGGAACUUCACUCUGCAGCAGGUAUCAUUCCCCCUGGCUGAUAUCACACAAAGUUACCGUAGCAACCCUGAAAGAACAAAAGAGGCCCUGUACAAGAUUCAGCAGUGUUUAGACAGAAACAACCAGAGACAGUCUGACAGAGUGGAACUGCAGCAAGUGUUUAGAGCUCAACAAUCUGAAAAGCGGAUCCAGGGUAUGUGUCAGCAGUUGGAGGACAGCCUUCAACGUUUAAAUCACUGCAACAUUCCGGAAGUCCAGGGUGACAUAAUGACAGUACAUGAGGUGCUGCAUAAUGCCAGGGAGUCCUUCAAGCUGCUUCCAUCCCUCUAUGAGGCAGGCAGGAAGUGUGCCUCUGAUGGAGACUUGGUGAACUGCAUCCUCACAGACAGUGCUACUGCACUGACUAAUGAGUUCAAUAAAAGCAUAGAGGAGUUGGCUCAAGGCCUGAUGAGGUGUGCAGAGGCAGUGUGUCCACGGGUGGUCCAGCGGUCUAGUGUGUUUGAGUCUCUGUCAGACUGUGUGUCCAAAAGAAGUAGACAGACACACUCAUUCCUGAGAAGCACCCUGGUGGAGAACACAGGGCAGAUCAUCAGCAACAGACUGCGUGAACUGAGACAAACACUGAGUGUCUCUCUGGCUGAAUGCAUCAUAGAACAGAUACUACAGGAUCUAACAAUGGCACAGGACAAAAUGGAUUGCCUUAUAAAAGAGAAUUCAUGCAUUACUCUGAGAAUCAACAUCCCAGAGCUCCGACUGGUUGACAGCGACUUCCCAACUGAUGAUUAUAGUCCAGCAUUUUGGAGAAAUAGUUUCCACUCCAAGAGCCUGAGGCCUGCUCCUUCAAUUAAGAGUCUCCUGGAUGUAGACUGGGAGCAGCAGACCAGGGACAGAGGAGCAGAGAGAGAAAGGGGAGGAGGUGCUGGAGAAGAAGGAGGAGGAGGAAGGUGUGGCCUCCUUUGGUUGCCAUCAGCAAUACCCCUGACAGUCACAGCCUCAAGUCCCUCCCCUUCCACUUCCCCGUCCCCCUCCCCCCCAGGACGGAGGCGGAGGGAGGGGGAGGAUUGCAUGCAUGCUGCAGCAGUAAUACCAGAAGCAAGAAGAGCAUCGCUCAUUCCUCCUCCCAGACUCCCCAUCCUUUACUCCACUUCCGCUCGAGCUCCAGAGGAGGAGGCUGCUGGCUGCGGAGGCUUACCCAGACGGAAGGCUCCCUUCUCUGGCUACGGCCCCAGCCCAGGCCCCGUCCCCGGCUCUGGAUCCCCCGCUUCUCCCAUGGAGCCUCUACCCACCCAGGGACAGACUCUAAGGCACUACACCGCCUCCCGACCACGGCCGCGACGCACACACACACAGCCCCCCUCCCCCAGGCCUCAGGAGCCAGAUUCAAAGGUAGACAUUGAGACCAGUGAGGGGAUGGGCAGAGUGGAUGAAGGAGUAGAGGAGUUCUUCACCAAGAAAAUCAUCCCUGACUAUGCACUAAAAGGCCAGUGGGAGGAGUCAAACCCUGCCCAAGCCACUCCCUCAGAGUCAAGCUUCACCCCCUCAGCCUCAACCCCCUUUUCCUCUUCAUCUGACAAUAUCACAUCCUCUACCACCACCGUCACCUCUCUCUCUGUCUCAUCUACUGAUACAUCCUUUACUACCACUGAUGUUGCACCCCUCUCUACUUCCUCUACUCCCCCCACCCCUUCUUCUGUCACCACCACUACCACGCUUCCCACCAAAAACAUCAAGAAAAAGUUUGGCGACUUCUUUGCCUUCAAGAGGGCUCGAGCCAGCAGAGCUGCCAAGGCAGGAGGGGGAGAGGGAGGAGGAGGAGGAGGAGGAGAGGGGGUGAAGGUUAAAAGGACCUCCAUUGCAGACCUCAUUCGACCCCUCCGUGAGGCCAAAGAAAGGGAGAGAGAGAGGGACAGGGACAAGGAGAGAGAGAAGGGGAGAGGGGCAAGAUCAGUGGAGGAUGUUAACGUUUGUAAUGAUGCUGCCACCACAGAAGGAACCGUUGCCACCAGCCACCAUCUUGCAGACGAUGCGAGAGGAACGAUGGGACCUGCCAAGACAUUAACCACGGUGAUGCCUCCCAGUGAGACAGCUCCCUCUUACCCCACUAUUGCCACAAGCCCUGACCUCACUACUGCUAUGCUUUCCAACCUGGAAGAAGAGGAACUUCCGGUCUUGCCAGGUCGCAUCCCAAGUCGCAUCCCAAGUCCUGUGGUCACCUCCCAUCUAACUGAGCAGUUGGGAGGGACUCCAUUAGGAGAGAGGAGACUCAAUGUGACCAAGAGGUCUUUAAGGGAGGGCAAGAGCCAGAGUCUCAUUCUGCUUACGGGAUUAGAGCCUGAAGACAAGGAUGACACACACAGUAAGAAACAUGCAUCUGAGAGCACAUCUAGUUUUGAACAGAGGAUUCAGGUGAUGCUGCACAGAAUGGGCGUGGCCAAAACUCCACCUUCCACCAAGAUGAGCCAGAAUAAAGACGAGGAGUUGAGAAAGGCCAAUUCUGAAGGUGCUAUCCUGGACAAACCUGAACCACCUCCCACAUACAUGAAGCCCAGAACCAUGUCCACUUCAUCAGCAGAUCCCAGGCAUCCUAUGAGAGCACAGGACACCAUCCCACUGGAUCCUCUCCUUCAUCCGAAGCCAGCCCUCCCCGAGCGCCCUAUUGGCUCCCUGCCACCCAAACCUGCUGUCGCAGCCAAGCCCCCCCUCCCUACCCCGGCUGCUCCUGCAGGAGGUGGAGCUCAUCCCUCCUCUGCGCCUCCUUCUAGCAACCCAGCAGAGAGAGUCAUGCUCAGAGCACACACUCAUGAUUGCAAGCCAGGAGAGGCUCCAGCACAGAAUGGACGCCAGGAGGGUCCCCGGUGUGCAGCCAUAGCACUGUCUCCCAGGAAAGAGCUGCUUCAUCCAUCCCCAUCUCCAUGGAGGGGUCCCAGCAUACAGGAUCGCUCUGAGAAAGCACAAUCAGUGACCGAAGAGAGUCUUCCUAAGCCACGCCAACACAUGAAGCCCCUGCCACAGCGCAGAGCUGUGUCUGUCCACGAGGACGCUUUGGCCAUGACACAAGAGCUGAAGGCAGUGUUACAGAGGUCGCCCAUCCGUUUCCGUGGCAACAGAGGGGACCUGCCCACCUGCAUUGAAUAUCCAUCUAGUGGGGAGAAAGCACAAAGAGCCGUGGCCAGUGACACAGGGAAACAGACAGCUGAAGAAAAGAAGGAGGCUGUCCAGAAAGAGGAACUGAAGGCAGAGGGACAAAGGACUGGCUGUGGAGGGAUGGUAGCUGACUCCAUGCACCCCCCUCCGGGACAGGAGGAAUCCCCAUACUCUGGGUGUCCCUCCUCUGCAGCUCAGGCUCAACAAGAAGCAUCAGCACCCCAACUCUUCAGUCCAGCAGCAGCCCUCAACAAAGCUCCGUCCAUCCUGGAAAGGCCUCCAGCUCUGACUGAAACCAUGGAAAAACCUCCUUUAACCCCCAAAUCCCAGAAAAAGAGCCCCAGCACAGCCCCAGCAUUUCCCCAACCUCUAGAAAAUCUGCUGGUAUCCCCUCCACCCCAAGAAAAGACCCCCAGCACAAUUCCAGCUGCAUCUGAAUCCCUGGAAACCCCCCAAGUACAAUCUUUGUCCCACAAGGAGGGCAGCCCUGGCACAUUAACAGCCACAGUGGAUCUGAGAAACAGCACACAGGAGAGAGGAGAAACGGGCUCUCAACAGCACACAAUGAGGUCAGAGCCAGCAGACCAAAGAACUGAGCCCCCUCUUACCUGAGACACACCUGGGAGAGACAGGAGGGUAGGGUCUGUGACAUCACUGAGAUCAGGAAUUGGGAGUAGAAUGUUGUACCCUCCUGUAGAAAACAGCUGCCAUGUCCCAUGUCAGGGAUGUUCUCUUUGAAAGCCUGAGAGCCAAAUGUAACUUAGUACAUUUGCACAGGGUUGGUGCAUAUUUUUAUUGCUAGUUUAGAGCUAACGUCUGUGCAGUUGGUAUUGAUUGUUUGAGGUGAAUAAGCACAAACUGCAAUAAUGGUCCAGUGAUCAGAUUCAUGCAAAUAACGUACCCAGGACAAACUUCAUCUGUUAGCCAGAGGGCAACAUAAUGAAAAUAAACUUGAUUUGUUUUACUUUACUUUAACACUUUACUUUGUUUUUAAAUGAGUUGAUGAGGCCUCUUCACACCAUCUGUUUUAGUUUGUGUGAGCCCCAAACAGCAAAUGUACAGAUGUUAGCUAUAGCUAGUUUGGAAAUAAGCACUGGCUGUGUGUCUGUGUGCGUUGGCAGCUCGUCCUCUGACUGAUGUCAAAAAUGACCAAGAACAUCAUGUUGUUCUGUUUUGCUCACCGUUUAAUUUUUGUUAAAACUUUAAACAUGUUUAAACUUUUACAUUUAACUCUCGGCCUCAGUUUGCACCAUCCAAGGGAAAUCUGCACCCACUUGGCAUCUUUGCAUUGAGUAAUAUGCAACCAUGCCGCUUCUAAAGUUCACUCUGCCUUCAUUCUGAACACACUUUUAAGACUGAGGCUGAGUCUGAAAUGGGACAAAGCUUGCAUCAGCUGGGUGGUUGUGAAAUCUUUAUUGUACACACAAAUGGCUCAUGGCUCAUGCUUGUGAGUGUAGUUCAUCAACACGUUGUGACACAUCAUGUCAAAGACACAUUUGCAUCACCUGCUCAUACGUACAUGUUAUUAUGAUUUGAUAAAGGGUUUUCAAGGCCCAUGAUGUAGUUUAUGGCUAGAAAAUUCUAAUCUUUUUUACUUUGCUGUCUCCUUCCAAAAGAUGACAAGGUUUUAGGAAAAAUGCCUCUUUAACUACAUUGACAAUUUUAUUGUGGCUUAGAUUUAAGUGAUUCAUUUACGUAAAGACACAUUAAGCUCAUUUGCUCCCAUUCAUUUUUUAAUUGGGGAUUCUUGGUAAAUGUUUAAAUCCUAAUCAAUCAAACUUUGAUUGCAUGAUGUGUUAAUCUUUUAAUCCACUCUUAAUCCUCUGUUUAUAUUUUUGUCAUUAGCCUGAUAUUCAGAUUGAGUUGCCAGUCUGACACUGGCCUCUGUUAGUUGUUUGGGAGGUAGGUUUUUAGCCCCAAAUCAAUUCCUGUGACAUCUAUCAACUCAGUGCCAUUUUUCAGUCAAGACAGGCUUGACUGAAAGUGUUCAUGUCAAACAAAAUAAUUUGUUUCAUGUCAGGCAUGUUCAUUUAACUAGUUACCAUUACUACAGUGGUCCUGCAGUUUACAUCAGAAACUUGUUAGAAACUUGUCUUUCCAACAGGGAAAGAUCAAUCAGGGGAACAGCAGCAGACCACUCACUCAGCAGAAUUAUAAAUGUGGGCGGCAAGUAGGAGGUUUGGAAAUGGGCUAAGAUUAAGCUACAGUACAUAAAUCUUAAAUUUUUGCCUUAAUUUGAUGUUUCUAGAGGUGGUUCCCAGCAUCUUAAAAAACAUUUACAAUUAAACAAAAUAGUUUUUUUUCUUUCUGGUUAUUUUCUUAUAGUUUUUUUUACAUUGAAAAUGAUGUCAAAUUGUUUUCCUUUCUUUUUCUAACAAGUCCAAUCCCAUCAAUGUGGGAAAAUGUCCCUUUCUGUUUCUAUUGCUUGUUAAGAUGUUCUCAUGUAAAGCCUUUUAGAAUCUUCAGAUUAAUGCAUGGGACACUAAAGCGAUACAUGUUUCUGCAUAUUUCUGUGGAAUCACAGAAUUCAAAUCAAUUCAGGUUCAGUCAUUCCAUUUGACAAUCAUGUAUAAUUAUGCGUAAUUACCAUAUCCAUCAUAUCACAGGAGGACCAGAUACAAUCCCUAUAAAAGACCAGUAUAUGAUCAGAUAUUGUUUGAGAUGACAACAUGAGUGUUAAGUCUCUCAAACUCUCAGGGUGGUUGUGGGGAAUGGUGUGUUUUUGGAAGUUCAGCUCCUUGUGCUGUCAGCGACCUGAACCUCCAUCUCAUGCUGAGGGAGAAUUUAUUUUCUACCUUCAUGUUUAUAUUUGCCUUGCACGCACAGAAUAUGUACAAAUGACAUAACACAAACAAAAACAAAGUUAUGAACAGAGUGUAAAUCCAUACCUAUACUUGUUAAUGAUUAUUAAAAUUAUGAGUUGUGUCAUAA